AACCUUUCUAUUUUUUUGUUUAUGUUUAGGGGAGCAGCUGUUUUACUGGCGCUACAAAGGCACAGACAAAACCAUAAAGACAACGGUAGUCUGUGGGGCUGAUGAGGCAAACACAAUUUUUUCAGAUUUUCAUGCCAGUCCUACUGGGGCCCAUUGUGGGCAAACAAAAACAAGAGAAGCCAUUUCAAAGCGGUUCUACUGGCCAGGGAUGUCAGUGGACAUCAAUAAUUGGGUUUCCCAGUGUGCACUUUGCCAGGCAAGUGCUGCAACAAUUAAAAAACCAGCCGAAUACAUUCCGAUAAAGGUCUCUCAGCCAUUUGAACUGGUUGGGAUGGACCUUAUUGGAAAACUUACUGAAACCAACAAUGGACAUCAAUACAUGUGUUUUUAUUGAUUUUUUUACAAAAUGGCCACAAGCAUACCCUUUAAAGUCAAAAUCAGCCGGGGAAGUGACUAACUGUCUCAUAAAAUUUGUCCACCAGUUCGGAGCCCCAAAAAGGAUUCUUACUGACCAAGGCAAAGAAUUUGUCAAUUCUCUCAACAAAAGGGUUUGUGGAUUGUUAAAAAUUAAAAGAAGCCUCUGCUCCCCCUAUCACCCACAAACAAACGGGCUGGUGGAGAAAAUGAAUGGCACCAUCCAGAGAGCCCUGUGCAAAGUUGUUGGUGACCAUCCAGAAAUGUGGGAUGAGUAUCUAGAUGCUGUAAUGUUUGGAAUCAGAACUAAAAAGUAAGUGACCACCAAAUACUCACCUUAUUACCUAAUGUUUGGCAGAGAGGCUCGCUAUCCCUCCGAAGUCCCAGAAGAGUUCAUGGUUGAUGAGAGUGUGGAAGACAUUGUGGGGCAGGAGGAGCUGUCGGAAGACGUUCAAAAGCAUCAAAAGCUGUUGGAACUGGUGAAGGACAAUGUGGUCAAAGCUCAGGAAAAAAAAAAGGGCAAAAUAAAAAUGAUGAAGAGAGAUGUCGUCUUCAAAGUUGGUGACAAAGUUUUAAGAGCUAACAUAAGAAGCCAGCAGAGGAAAGGGGGAAAACUUGAAGCCAACUUUUUAGGCCCUUUCAUCAUUACAGCAAUCCAAGAUAUAAUGGAUGCCUGGGCUGGAAAGAGUCCUCAUGUUCUAUUCUCAAAAAUUGGUGCUUACAAAUUAUUCUACUGGGAUAUCCAACAAAUUGGUCCGAACAUGGAGUUGGAAAGUGAGUCUAUUAAUGCAUAUCUUGCGAUCAUGGUGAGACAAUGCAAUCGCCAUAAUUCAGCAAAAGCAGCAUUCAUUGAUUCAUUUUCAAUGACUGCCAUUUGGAAGAGAAAAGCUCCAAGAGUCAAGAUCAAACCCAUGGAGCAUGAAGUCAUUCUGGGAAUUGUAAAUGAACAUCAUCACUGGACAUUAGUGGUCAUUUACCCUCAAGAAAAGAAGUCGCUGUAUCUUGAUCCACUCAACAAUCAACAAGGGCAUUCAUGCGAAAAAAAGGAUGCAACGUCUCAAGGUGGACUUGUGACACAGUCAAACACCCAAAACAAGUGGACGCUACCUUAUGUGGAGUCUUUGCAUUGAAAUUUGCUGAAAAGAUCUUGCAAAAAGAGUCAAUAGACUUUCCAUCUACAAAAAAGGCCGUGAAUACACACAGGCUACAAAUUGCCACCACUCUCCUCCUAGAGACAGGUAACUCAUUUUCCACCAUUCAGUGUUCUGACAUCAUGAAUAUUUUCAUCAUGAUGGCUGUAGAAACAAACCAUAUAGUUGUUUGAAUGAAGUAAUAAGUCCAGUAGGUAGUAUACUCUAUGUGCUAUUUUUUUACUUUUUAAAACAGAUGACCUGACAAACAUCUGUCAUUUCUGUGGGGAAGAAGAGCAUGAAACUGACAAUAAAUGGAUUCAGUGGGAGAUGUGUUUGCGGUGGUUCCACCAGCUCUGCUUGAAAAGCCCACCACCAGAAGACGUGUUUAUUUGUUUCGCUUGUACAUAGUUGACACUAAAGUUGCACAGCUAGUGUUCUUAUGGCACACAUUGUUGAGAACACACAUAUCUACAUGUAGAGAUGUAGAUGUUAAAUUAAGAAGUCUAAAAAAAGAAAAUGGUCUCCAAAGUUUCUGUAGUUAUUAGUUAU